UCUGCCGCCCCUCCCCGGCCCGCCUCCCGCACUCUCGCCCGAGCCUCCCAUUGGCCGGCGCGCACAUCACUCUCCGCCCGGACCCGUCUCGCGCUCCCCAUUCAUGCAGUUUGGUUGCGUCUUUUGCAAUCAACUAUUAAGGUGCAACUAUGCCCAAAAGAAAGGCUGCAGCUGAAGGCGAGGCAAAGGAGGAGCCAAAGAGGAGGUCAGCUAGAUUAUCUGCUAAACCUGCUCCACCGAAACCGGAGCCAAAGCCCAAAAAGGCAGCACCUAAGAAAGAGAAAGCAGCAAAUGAUAAGAAGGAGGACAAAAAAGCAGCAACAAAAGGGAAGAAGGGAGCCAAAGGCAAAGAUGAAGCUAAGCAAGAGGACACUAAAGAAGAAAACCACUCUGAAAAUGGAGAUACCAAAACUAAUGAGCCAUUUACCUAAGAAUCGGCCUACACCAGGAUUUGCUAGACACUGAUUUGUUUCCUGUAGACUUUUCCUAGGCGCUCUCCCAACCUUUUGUAAGAACCACCUGAAACGUCUUUGUCACUACCAUUCCAGCUGGGUCUGAUAACUGAACAGUUGUGUCUAGCCUUGGUCCCACAUGUAUCCUUGAAGGGGAAAUAAUUUUGUGACAGUGUGAAGUUUCUGUCGUGCUAUUUUGAGCCUGUUACAUAGGAAGGGGCAUGCUUGUAUCUGUGAAGGAAAUAUUUUAACAUGGUGCUUGGAGUAGAGAAGGAGGAGGGAUAUGGGUAUAGAUUUGAUAGGGGCUAGGAUUUUAUUAUCGUGGUAUCCAAGUUGCAAUAAACAAGUUUUCAGUUCAGAAAGGUCUUGCUUCUGGUGUUAGAUUUCUGUGGGUUUUUUGUGGGUGGGAGUUUAAUGGUGGGGGAGGUCUGGGGAUGGAAACCCUCCGAGACUCAAAAAGUUUGCUUGUUGAAAAUUGAAUAUUGCAUUAAUGGAUGCAUCUGCUAGAGCAGUGGUUCCCAAACUGGGUUGUGACCCCAAAUGGGGUCACAACAUCAGCAGAUGGAGUUGUGGGGGUUAGGGGUUGGGAGUGAGGGCCAUGCUGAGGAAAUGGGGCCAUAAAUGAGGUCACACUGAAGAAAAGUUUGGGAAGCACUGUGCUAGAGACUGUAGGCUUUGAGUAACUUUGUAGGAGGAGAGUGGAAUCUCUUUGUAGCUACACUUGUUCCAAUCAUAGGAACAUUAAGCAAAUGUUGCUAAGAUCUGUUUUUUAAAAGAUGAAACUAUAGAGGAUUACCAUAUUUUACACACAAAUAAUUCUUAAACUUCCCUUCUAGCCCAUGUAUAUGAAGACUUUUAUGUUCUAAUUUAUGUGAAAUAUUCCAAACCUCCACUUCUCUAAAUUUACCUUAGUAAAUUGUUGACUUCAUCAAUUCUCUUUUUUUUUUUUUUAAUUUGUUUACAAAAAUUCCAGCAUGCUCAUGUCUUCCUUAGUAAUUUUGUAUUGUUGUCUAGUCACUUAAAAGGGUUUAUGUUUGUGUAUUUGCCAACUAACCUUUCCAUGAUGCAGUUUAGAUUGGGGUAUUAUUAGUUAAAAUGUAAUAUUUCUGUUCUUCCCAA